GCGGUGCGGGCGCAACGAGGCGGAAGCGGCCGCCAUGAGCCGGUUCGGGGGCCGGCUGCGCGAAUACCCUCAGCUGUCCAUCGACCGCUUCGACCACGACAACCUGCGCGCGCGCGCCUACUUCCUGUCGCACUGCCACAAGGAUCACAUGAAGGGGCUGAGGGCGCCCGCCCUGAGGAGGAGGCUGCAGAGCAGCUUGAAAGUUAAGUUAUAUUGCUCUCCAGUAACUAAGGAAUUGCUACUGACUAACUCAAAAUAUGAGUUUUGGGAGAAUCACAUAGUUGCACUGGAAGUUGAAACUCCUACUCAGAUUUCUUUAGUAGAUGAAACAACUGGUGAAAAAGAAGAUAUAGAGGUGACACUCCUGCCAGCUGGCCACUGUCCAGGAUCAGUCAUGUUUCUGUUUCAAGGUGAAAAUGGCACUGUGCUGUAUACAGGGGAUUUCAGGCUUGCAAAAGGAGAAGCAGCCAGAAUGGAGCUUUUGCAUUCAGGGACCAGAGUAAAAGAUAUCCAGAGUGUUUAUUUGGACACCACUUUUUGUGAUCCUAGAUUUUAUCAUAUACCAAGCAGGGAGGAGUGUUUAAAUGGGAUCUUAGAGUUAGUGCGGAGCUGGACCUCGCUCAGUCGCUGUCAUGUUGUGUGGCUGAACUGCAAAGCUGCUUAUGGAUAUGAGUAUUUGUUCAUAAACCUCAGUGAGGAGCUUGGAAUCAAGGUGCACGUGAAUAGGCUUGAUAUGUUCAAAAACAUGCCAGAAAUCCUCUGCCAUAUAACUACAGACCGAUACACUCAGAUUCAUGCCUGUCGACAUCCUAAGGAUGAUGACUAUUUUCGAGGGAACAGACUGCCCUGUGGAAUCACUUGCCAAAAUGGAACUCCCUUGCAUGUAAUUAGCAUCAAACCCUCCACUAUGUGGUUUGGAGAAAGGAUCAAGAAAGCCAAUGUAAUAGUGAGGACUGGAGAGAGUACAUACAGAGCUUGUUUCUCUUUCCACUCUUCAUACAGUGAGAUUAAGGAUUUUUUGAGCUAUAUCUGUCCUGUGAAUGUGUAUCCCAACGUACUACCAGUGGGUGGGUCAGAAGACAAAGUUAUGGAAAUAUUACAGCCGUUAUGCAGAUCAUACAGGAGAAACUCAGAACCCAGGUACAAGCCCUUAGGAACACUGAAGAGAGCCUGCAAAAGAACCUUAUCUGAUACAGACGAAGAUGAGCUCUUUGAUACAGAACUAACCUCUGCAAGGCCUAAGAUUGCAAAAUAUCAGGGAGAAGGAAGUAAGCCAUCCAAAACUGCACUGUCUGAAAAUGCUGACAGAAACACAGAUGAGAGCACAGAAAGCUACAGAGCAAACACAACUUACACCUCUCUCAAGGUAGACUUCAUGGAUUGUGAGGAGUCCAAUGAUGAUGACGACGAUGAUGACAAAGAAGAUGAUUCUGAAAAAAACACAGCUCAGGUUCUUUCCCAUGAGCCAGAUGCCAGUCCCAUAGCAAGUUGCAAUGGCAUACCUGGCAAGCAGCAGGAGUCUAAUGCUGAUAUCCCUCGCUGGGAUAUGUUUUUUAAGUGUAACAAAGUAGAUGAAAGCUCUGAAAAUGAGGACAACUUCCCAUCUUCAGCAGAUGCUGGUGGGUCCCAGUCACUCUUCAGUGAUUCGGAUGGAGUGAGUGACUCAACUCACAUCUCCUCCCAAAAUUCUUCUCAGUCGACACACAUAUCAGAACAAGGGAGCCAGGGCUGGGAUAGCCAAAUGGACACUGUACUCAUUACCUCCCAAGAGAGAAAUGCUGCUGACUUCAGCUGCUUCAGCAGAUGUGGCAGCAGAACAGCUCUGCCAUCUCACGAAACCCCCAAGGACAGCCACGCUGACGACAGCAGGUGGAAACCACUUGGCCAGAAUCCAUCCUGUGCUUCUGACGUCAUCUGUGAGUUGAAAAGUGAGGACUGUGACAAAGAUGCAGAAGUUGCCUCUGCUCCAGCUCAAGAUCUGCUGGUGGAAAUAAGUGACAGCUCCAGGACUCCUGAUCUAGAACUGAAGAGGGACUCUCAGAGCUCCUCUGACUUUGAAAUUCCCUUAACUCCAGAUGCUGAAGUACCUCAACAAGAUAAACUGCACUACUUAUAUAAGAAGCUAGCAGCAGGUGAAAGCUUAAUGAGAAAAAAGUCUCCUGAAAAGAGGUAGAACUGAUUAUAUCAUGAUAAUAAUGAAAUUUGUUCUUUAAAUAUGAAACUGUUCUUUUAUUGCUGUUAUUUGCAUUUAUGCUAAUCUAUGCAAUUUUUGUACUACAAUUACAAAUAGACUUCUGCAGUCUGUAUAACUUUAUUGUUCUUUCCAUGAAAUAUUGAAAGUGUUUCUGAAAAGGACUAUAAAAGCAUUCUACCUCCUAAGGUUUGGUUCUCCAAGGCUGUAACUAGAUAGAAAAUAGACCAAACAAAGCUGGAGGUGGAACACUAAAUUGAAUUUAGUGUUUUCUUUCAUCAGGAGCUCUAAGAGUUUGCCUUCUACACGUGAUCUCAAGCUUUAAUACAAUACCACAUGUUUAACUAUGGGGGAAGAAUAUGGCAUCUUCCCUGAAUGGCCAUGCAAACACUGAAAUGAGCUGCACUUCCACUUCCUGAAACCCCAACUUUUCACUGUGGUAAUUUUAAAGAGCAGAUGAACCAAUGACAGCAGUGUUCUUGUAAAAUCAAACUCAUCUCUAAACUGAGCAGAUAACGUAUCUCAGUGCCUGUGGUUUAAAUCUUACACACAACCACCAACUUGUUAGUUCCUUUGUUUAGGUUUGGCAUUGCAGCUUUGGGUUUUUGUUGAGCUUCAAUCCUUUUAGGAAAAAAGACCCAAACAACAGAAGUAACCUCUGAGUUUCCCAAUCCACGAGGCUUAAAGCCUAAAUAAUUAAAAAGACUUUCAGUGUGACAGCUCCCCACACUGCAUACAUCUGUUUUUCUGGUAUCUGGAGCGAAAUGCAAAUGUUAAAAAAAACCAGCAUCCUGCUACUGCAGUUGCAGAGAAAAAAAUGGCUAUAAUCUAUGUAUGAUUUGAACUGUAUUCAAAUCCAUGUGUUUUUACCACUGUCACUUUGCCUACUUUCUGUUCCUGGGAUUUGUGUAAAGUCCAGACCUGUCAACUUUUUUUUAAGCAGGCUAAAAUGAGUCACACUGCUGUCGUUUCUACCUUUGAAUAGAGUCACAGAGAGCAGAAUUCUGUCUGUUGGCUUGAUUCCUUAACUGUAGGAUAAAUUUCAGAUCAGGGCUGAGUUUACAGUGUGCUUCAGUAGAUGGGAGCCCCACUUAAUUAUAGCAGUUCCAAUCUGCCAUGAACUGAAUAGGAAACACUUGAUUUCCUCACGAUUGCUCAACUACAGUCCUCUCAGUGCUAAAACAUUCGUGUAUGGGACAGCAACAAACUGCACUCUUACAGCUGACAGCAUAAGAUGUUUUCUUCCCCAAAAAUGACAACAGCAAGAAAAAAAACUAAAUUUAAUUUAUUUUGUCAAAAACUGUAGGAAGAUAGCAAUACUAGAGAUCACACAUCAUGAGAAGAAAAUGUUCCUGAGCUUACAAACUGCAUAUGCUAAAGUACACAGUCCUAAGACAUACAUUAGAAAUAACCCAAAGAUUGACUUGAUUUAACUUUGAGAUUAAAUAAAUAGACAAUCUUACAGAUAAUCUUGCAGCAUUAUUCUGCUACCUCAGAAAAUAAACCCAACAAAAACAAUAAGCCAGAUGACAGAGCACAGGUUACCUGACUCUUAAGAAGUACACAUACACCACUGAAGUGGUGGCCGUGAAGAUGCCAACAGACCACAAAGCAAAACAAAGGCAGAAGCUAGGCUGGUUUAGGCUCCUUAAGAAAUGGAAAACACCUUUCUUCUUCUUUUCCAAUCUGGCAAUUUCCCCCCUGAACUCAUAGAAACAGCAGAAGGAGUUUUAAAAGUGAUGCAGUAUUCCGUUAAGCUCAGUUACCAACUGCAAAUGCACUGAAUAUGUAGACAUAAACACUGUUCAGUAUUCUAAAUUAGAAACCGGAUAUGUGAUUUUAGUUCAAAUAAAUACAAAAUACUGUUACCUCCCAGAACAUAAAUUAAAGGUCCUUUAUUUCACACACAAGAGGUAACAUACAUAUCCUUAUAGAACAACAGUGUUUGUCACUUCAAUGCUGGUGAUAACAGAUACUGCCUUGGGAAAAAGGCAGACACGGAACUCAAGUACAACUGGUAAGACUUUUCUCUUUGAACGUGUAUUUAUUGGUGAUUUUUAAAUCAAAGAGGGUGGUAAACCAUUCUGUCAACUUGCACAGCAGAGGCCAGAGAAACCAAUGUGGUAAGGAAUCUGUCUUGCUGCAGAACUCUUGCACUCCUGUGCCGAGGAAAGGCUGCAGACUGCAGCAGAUUCAGGAGCUGGAGGUCGCAGAUUCCAUCCGUGUGGAAUGCGUUUCUAAACUGGGCUACAUGCAAGAGAAAGCAAACAACUCCAAAUGACAGCAGAUAAUCUAGAGUUUGUUAAACUCCAACAUUCCACAUCAAUAAAUUAAAAACUGCUGGAGAAGUGGCAUUUUAUAAAUUGAAUAGAUUGAGCAUUUAUCCAAGUGUGUGGAUACAGCUGAGCCUGUUAAUGUCAAAUACUUUUAAACAUAAGCAAGUUUCCUCCUGCUCAUGUGAAACAAUAACUUCACAUGUAUCUCUUUGUGUUGUAGAUUACAAACCUCAGACAGGACUUGCAGUGGCCCAUGCUCUUCACUCCAACCGUGAAACUGAUUUCAGUGUCUCCCAGCAUAAAAAAAAUGACACUUCCUGCCAAAGAGCCAGAUGUUCAGUGCCAAUGCAACGGUGCUUCUUAGUCAGCAGACAACCUGUGUUAUCCUCUGAAACACUCUUCUUGGAGUGCUGGGAACUAGCCUGAAGUUUAAGGCAUUUGCUAACAAAUUAAGGAAAUUGAUACAUGCUGGGUACUUGACUUCAUUCACCUGAGACAACAGCUGUGCACCUUAUAAAGGCAACUAGCUGACCUAUGAUACAUAGCUAGCAUCCAUUUAGGGAGCAACAACAUUCUGCCUGACUGUCAACAUUUUGUAAGCAAGUAUUUGUAAGCAACAUGCAAGUUUUACAAGCUUUUUUAUCCAUGAGAAUAAAGCCCUUCAAAUAUCCCCAGAGCAUGGACCUUGGCUGUAACUCCACUCAUAACCAAACUCAAGUGCUCUUCAGUGUCUUUGAAGCCAAGCAAAACGUAGCACAUAUUACCAACAGAUCAAAACAACUUUAAGGUAAUAAUAAUAAAAUGAUACAAGCAGCUGAAGAACAGUAUUCUUCUCAGCCUUUACAUUCAAGAACAUGUUACAAAUGACUACAGCAAAUGGGUAGCUCAACCCUAGCCUAACUUCACUGAAGUUAAUAUUUUUGCAACACGAGAAAAAUAGGGCUAAUAUCUUAAAAAUCUGUCACUAGAUUAAAAAAAAAAAAUAAA